CUCCGACAUCCAAAGCAAUCCCAUUGGUCUAAAACACCUAGGCGCGAAAACCUGCAAAUCCUAAUCCAAUCCAAUUUUGGUCAGGACUUAGUAAAGAUUAAAGAAGCAGGGGAUAAGGAAACUGCGAAAACUGAUGCAACUGAGCUCAACUCAAUUCAAAACUCAACUGUUUCAACCUUUUCUUUUCCUCUACUAGCUGCUGCAAUAUGGCCAUAUCUGCGGCUAACUGCUGCUUCUCUGUGCUCACCUCCAGUGUUAAAUUCCGCUGCUACUCUUCUUCCCAACGCCAUCUCCUCACGUCUCAUCGAGCAAUUGGCUCCUUAGCUUCUAAUCCUAUCAAUGACAAACGACGGCCGUCCAAGCGAGGUUCUUCGGCGUCAAUUAAUAAGGCCAACAGAGAUAAACAAGUCGCGUUUCAGAAUAAGUCGCCGGGGAAAUCAAAAGAUGAGAGGUUCUAUUCAUAUGGCGACAGAAAAGGGACGGGGAAAGCUCAGUCAAUGGCUUAUAAGUCGUUUGGAAUGCAAAGAAAAGACAAGAAGGAGUUUCAGUUAGACUUGCAGGAGCAUAAGGCUGAACCUGGGAAUUUUCAGGAGUCAGCUUUUCUUAAUGCGGUUGUCAAGGUUUACUGCACCCAUACUGCACCUGAUUAUUCCCUUCCUUGGCAAAAACAGAGACAAUACACAAGCACGGGAAGUGCUUUUAUGAUUGGGAAUGGAAAACUCUUGACGAAUGCACAUUGUGUUGAAUAUGACACACAGGUGAAAGUGAAGAGAAGAGGAGAUGAUAGGAAAUAUGUAGCUAAGGUGUUAGCCAGAGGUGUUGAUUGUGAUAUAGCUUUACUUUCUGUAGAAAAUGAGGAAUUUUGGGAAGGAUCUGAACCACUACAAUUUGGACAUUUGCCUCGUCUUCAGGAUGCAGUAACUGUUGUGGGAUAUCCCCUUGGAGGGGACACAAUUUCGGUGACAAAGGGAGUUGUAUCACGCAUAGAGGUUACAUCAUAUGCUCAUGGAUCAUCUGACUUGUUGGGCAUUCAAAUUGAUGCAGCAAUAAAUCCUGGUAAUAGUGGUGGUCCUGCAUUCAAUGACCUAGGGGAGUGCAUUGGCGUGGCAUUUCAGGUUUACAGAUCUGAAGAAGCUGAGAAUAUUGGAUAUGUGAUUCCAACAACAGUUGUAUCUCAUUUUCUAAAUGACUAUGAGAGGAAUGGGAAGUAUACUGGCUUCCCCUGCCUCGGUGUAUUGCUGCAAAAGUUAGAGAAUCCUGCUUUGCGUGCGUGCUUAAAAGUACAGUCUAAUGAGGGUGUGCUGGUACGGCGAGUUGAGCCAACCUCUGAUGCAAAUAAUGUCUUAAAGGAGGGGGACGUGAUUGUGAGCUUUGAUGAUGUUCAUGUCGGUUGUGAAGGAACAGUACCAUUCCGAUCAAAUGAGCGCAUUGCAUUUCGUUACCUUAUUAGUCAAAAGUUUGCUGGUGACGUGGCAGAACUUGGUAUCAUCAGAGCAGGCUCAUUUAUGAAGGUUAAAGUGGUUUUGAAUCCAAGAGUCCAUUUGGUUCCCUAUCAUGUUGAUGGAGGUCAGCCUUCUUACAUAAUAAUUGGUGGUUUGGUGUUUACUCCCCUCUCAGAACCAUUGAUAGAUGAGGAGUGUGAAGAUUCUAUAGGGUUGAAACUGCUAGCAAAAGCACGCUACUCUUUGGCAAAGUUCAAAGGGGAACAAAUUGUUAUCCUAUCACAGGUCUUAGCAAAUGAAGUCAACAUUGGAUACGAGGAUAUGAGCAAUCAACAGGUUUUGAAGUUCAAUGGUACUCCAAUCAAAAACAUUCAUCAUCUAGCCCACCUUGUGGAUUCAUGCAAGGACAGAUAUUUAGUGUUUGAGUUUGAAGACAAUUUUUUUGCUGUGAUGGAGAGGGAAGCAGCUAGUGCCUCUUCAUCCUACGUACUCGGAGAUUACGGGAUUCCGUCUGAAAGGUCUCCUGAUCUAUUGGAGCCGUAUGUGGACUCGCCAUCGGAUGAGCGAGUAGCAGAACAAGAUCCACUAGGUGACAGCCCAGUUUCAAACCUGGAAAUUGGCUUUGAGGGACUCCUGUGGACGUAACUAUCACAUGUUGCGAGGUCAAUUUUAAUUUUUUAGGCGACCCUUAGGUUGGAAGCAUGGCGACAGCCUACAAAUUCACUAUUGAUUGAAUGCCUGAGCUUCUGCUCAUUUUUUAAGAGCCCUUGCAAUGGCUGUUAUUGAGGCUUUUUUUUUUUUAUUCCUAUUAAUUAUUUUUUCCCUUUUCGGAUGGGUAGUUUAGGUUCAGUUUUUUCCUAGACUUUUAGUCAUUUCCAUUUUAAUCUCUUUUUUUUAAAGCAUUCUAUAUUUUCGUCGGAGAGCAUAAUUAUGUAUAGUAGAGCUGCAUCAGCCAUGGACUUAUUGGCUGUAAUGAUUGUGAAUGGAUAUUUGAAUUAUUCAUCAUUCAAUUUAAUACGAGAUAAAGAGCACAGAACAGCAUUCAAUUUCAAA